AUGUCACCGUCAAACACCAAUGCUACAACUGGCAGCAUACUUCGCCGUGUGAUCCAUUAUCACCUCGACAAUUUCUCAUACGACAAUGCCCUCUUCUUCGCCGAGCGACUCGUUGCCCAAGAUUCCAAGGCUCCCGGUUCAACCUAUCUCCUCGCCCUCUGUCACUUUAGACUCGGAGACUUCCAUUCGGCGUUCGAAGUAGCCAAGACUGCUGCGUUGAAGGGGAGCCAUCUCGGUUGUUCUUGGAUCUACGCCCAGUCUUGUCUCCGGUUGAGGAGAUACAGGGAAGGCAUACUUGUCCUGAACAAGUGCAAGGUGCUCUGGCAUCAGACAUCGAACAUGGGCAAGCAUGGGACUACUAUAAGGAGCCCGUUUCCAGAUGCACCGGCGGUCCUGUGCCUCCUAGGCAAGUUACAUCUUGGAUACGGUGACACGGCAAUGGCUGGUGAGACUUUCGACGCUGCACUCAAACUAAAUCCGUUGAUGUGGGAUGCCUUCACUGCUCUCUGUGCCAUGGGUGUGAAUGUCAACGUACCAAACAUCUACAAGCUCUCAGACACAAUAACUCAGAUCUUUGAUCUGGGAGGGGUAGGGACGGGAAUGAAAGACUCGUCCAAUAGGCCCAUCACAAACAAGCCUGAUCCACCGUCGCGAAAGGCACUUGCUUCCGGCCCAAUAAACGGCAACGAUGCGUUUAGUCAUUUCCAAGCUUCAACAGCAUCGGGAGCCGAUCGAACUGGCGUUGGUGGUGUAAACGAGAUCCAAAUCGAAACGGAGAGCCCAGAUCCCCUUCUCGGAAGCGGCAGCUCCAACCCGGAAACCAGGCCCACUAGAACGACCUCACUCAAGUAUAGCGACAAGAACUCGUCGAAAACAAACACCGCCCUCAAGAACAUUAUGAACCUGCUCGAAGUCAUGGCUAUUGGGCACUACCAUCUCUCAAAAUUCGACUGCGCAGAUGCUCUCAAAGCCUUUGAGCGCUUACCCCGGGCGCAUCAAGAAACCCCCUGGGUACUGGCACAAAUGGGACGGACACACUUUGAGCGGGCUGCCUACGCAGAUGCAGAGAAGUGUGCUCUCGGCAAUGCCUGGUCAAAGUCCGAAGAGCACGAGCAGGCCGUGAAAUGCUUCAAGAGGGCCGCCCAGCUGGACCCAAAUAUGGCGUAUGCCUACACGCUGCAAGGUCAUGAAUACAUGGCAACUGAGGAUUACGACAGGGCCCUCCGAGCCUACCGAAGGGCUCUUUCGGUAGACAAACGUCAUUACAACGCACAUUACGGCAUCGGGAAGGUACACGAGAGAUUGGGGAACCUUGACAAAGCCCACACCCAGUACCUCGCCGCGGCGAACAUUAAUCCUACGAACGCCGUGCUGGCGUGUUGCAUUGGAAGCAUGUUGGAGAAGCAGAAUCACCUGGCACGGGCGCUUCGGUACUACGGCAUGGCGACGGAGCUGACUCCCAAGGCGGCACAGCCGAGAUUCAAGAGGGCGAGGGCACUUCUCGCGAGGGGCGACUUGGUUCCGGCCAAGGAAGAGCUCAUGAUCUUGAGAGAUCUCGCCCCCGAUGAGGCAAUGGUACAUUUCCUACUCGGCAACCUGUACAAAUCUACGAAUGAGAAGGGGUUGGCUAUACGCCACUAUACGUUUGCACUGGCGUUGGAUCCCAAGGCAUCGCCGCAGAUCAAGGAGGCCAUCGAGGGCCUUGAAGACCGUGAACCGACAGGACCGGAGAUCUACGAGGACUGA